AUGGGGAUCGCCGAUAGUACCGAUGACAAGAAGAUCACAGACUACCUUGAGAAUUAUCAGCAGAAUGCCAUUCAGUAUAGUAAUGGAAGAUACACUGCCCAGUUACCAUGGAAGCAAGACCAUCCUCCACUUCCCACAAACUACCAGAUUACCAAACGCAGAACCGAGAACACUAUCAGGCGACUAAGUGCAGAGCCAGAGAUACUGCAGAAGUAUGGCGAGAUCAUCGCGGAACAGGAAAGAAGAGGCUUUAUAGAGAAAGUUGACGAAGAUUCCCAGACUACAAGAGUGCACUACAUACCCCAUCACCCAGUGAAAAAUGAUUCCUCUACCACCCCCAUCAGAACUGGGUAUGAUUGCAGCUGCCGAAAAUCCCGUGAUGAGCCGUCCUUGAAUGAUUGCCUAGAAUCAACCCCGCCCAUCCUGAACGAUUUGACUUCCCUUCUAAUCCGAUUCCGUUACAACAGAUACGCAGUUACCACAGACAUUGAAAAGGCAUUUCUUCACGUGGGCCUGCACGAGAGUGACAGAGAUGUUACGGAAUUCCUAUAG